GGGCAGAGUAGUCUAUGCAGCAAGUCUUAUUUAAAUAGCGACAGAGUUCCUAAAGUUGGGAUUUGGGAAUGCAUGAAGAGAGAGAUUAGCAAAGAUUGAGAGAGAGCCAAGUCUCCCUCCUCAACAGGUUAGUCGGGCAGCUUCCACCACCGCCUCCCUUUGGCUCCCUAAAACUAUAACCAGUCCCAAUAUUGAAGCGCAAAUAUGACAUCACUUUCUAAUUCAAUCUGGUAAAAAUGGUGGAAAUAUGUAACUAUGAAAUGCUCCACUGGCGGGAAUCGUCUUUAUUCUUUACCGCAAUGCACUCAAGUUGAACUUUCCGGAAUGCCAUUGUAUAAAAGAAAGCCGUUUGCUUUGUUGGAAAAGCCUACAGAUUUGAGUCCCAAUGAGCAGGUGUUCCAAGUUAGAUUCACAAAAGAGAUCUUCAGGGAUUAUGGUGAUUAUUUGAAGCGGAUGAAUAUGUACCAACAAAAGGUAUGGUCUUGCAAACUGUCUGGAAAGAAUUGCUUGACCUACGAGGAAGCGCUCCUUUCGGAGAAGGAAUCUGGCAAAGAGCUGCAACUGUUUCCAAAGGAACUUCUGGCUCCUGUACUCCGAGAUGUUCAAUUCAGUAUGCUGAGCUUAAACGAUCUAGUCAAUGCAAUUGCUAUGAAGCUUCAAGGCCGUCUGUGUGUGGGUUCCAAUUUGUAUGGGAUGAAAAAUAGCUGUAUAUAUAAUUGCAGGAUUCUAAAAGUUGUAGAAGAGGACGGGAAAACACAAUAUGAGGUUGAAUGGACGGACAAAUAUGAUGACAUAUCUGAAAGUACAUACGUAAAUGAAGAAGACUUGAUAAGGAAGAAGCUGCCUUAUAUUAGAGGUGUUCUCAAGGUUUUAAUCAGAGAGUCUACACAUCACAGCAUUCCAUGGGUCUUGCAUGAUAGAUUGGCAGAUGAGCAUAGGAUUCCUACUCACCCUCCUGCAGAGUUAGAAAAUAAAAUUUCUGUUAAGGAUGGAUUGGUUGUUGUAAGUAAGAAGAGGAAGAAUGGUGAAUGCAUACAAGCUGAUGGGGACAUGGAAAAUAACGAGUGGACCGAUCCUAAGCGUGAGAGUUUCAGCAGAAAAAAUUAUGAUCCCUUGACAAACGGGGAGAGUGUUGAUGAUGAAAACAGAAAGCUGGAUAUGGUGUCUGUUAGAUAUCCAAUCGAUGAUUUACUGGUGAAGCCUUCAGAAAGUGACAUGCAGUUAACUGAACGUCCUUCUCCUUCUAGGGAUUUCAAUGCCCCUAUGCAUUGUGUUGGGGAUCUUUUGAUGGUUUGGGAUUUUUGUACAUCAUUUGGCAGAUUUUUGCAAUUGUCGCCAUUUUCCCUUGAAGAUUUUGAGAAUGCUGUGUGCCAUAGUGACAGCAACGUUGUUCUCAUUGUUGAAGCUCACUCAGCCCUUCUUCGUCUCCUGAUGAAUGACCACGUGGGGUAUUUCUUCACUGUACAGAAGAAAAAGAGAAAGAACAAGAUCUCAAUGAUUACAUGGACCGAGUAUUUGUGUGACUUCUUGGAAAUGAUAGACAUUGCUGAGUUGUGUGCUCAUAUUUCUACAAUCAAACGCGGUCACUAUGGGCUUCUAGAUGUUAGCAUUAAAUUGAAGAUCUUUGGGGAAUUGAUUGCACAAGCCUUCAUGUUAGGUCUUUUUAAGGAGAAGUUGGAUGAGGAUAUUGAGAAGCGGCAGGCACUUUCAGCUGCACGGAGGGAUGAAGCUUUGGAAGAAGGUAGAAAUAAAAGGGAAGGAAAAGAGCGUUCUUAUACUCCAUGUGCUGAAAAUGGAGCAAGCAAGGGGCAUAUCAGUACGGAAAAUGGAACCCUUUCUGAUGAAGGGAAUGCAUUCGAGACCCCUUUGAAUUCAAAACAGUUAUCAGAUGACAGUGAAGGGGAGCAAGCAGAUACCACUUUCAGGAAUGCUAAGAAAAAGAAGGUAUUUGUGAAAGACGCUGCUGAGAACGGUAAUGGUUCAUCAAGGAAGGCUGCUUUCAAGAAUGGGAUGAAGGAAUUAAUGCAAAACCAGAGCAAGGACCAAAAGCAAAGGCUAGCACACAAGAUACGGAAGAAUCAAAUAAAGGAAACAUUAGAAAGCAGGAGCAAGGAGCAAAGGAAAGAGUAUCUUGACCGAGAAAUAGAAAAGAGAGUUUUGCGCACUAGUCCAUUGGGGAAAGAUAGAGAAUAUAAUAGGUACUGGUUUUUCAGACGUGAAGCAAAAAUAUUUGUUGAGAGUUCUGAUUCAAUGCAGUGGGGAUAUUAUUCUUCAAAGGAAGAGCUCGAUGCUUUGAUGGGCUCACUUAAUGUGAAGGGUACAAGGGAGAGGGCUCUCAAAAAGCAACUUGAAAAGUUUUAUGAUAAAAUAAUCCUAGAAAUCCAAAAGAGAUCAAAGGAAACAACUCAGGAAAGUGGUAAAGACGAAUCUGUGCUGAGGAGGUCAUCACGAGUUCGUGCCCCACCAGGAGAAAAUCCCGCUCUUGCGUUCUUGAAGUAUGUUAACAAGUGGAAGGAAGAACAAUAUACAAAGAGAAAACCCCGAACAUUUGAUAGCACACCCAAAACUAACACUCACACGGAUCAGUAAAAGAAUUGAAGUUCCUUUUUUUUUCUUUCAGGGUGAUGGUUAAAAGGCAACCAUUCUUUGGUGAUAUAACCUUUGUUUUAACCUCCACGUCCAUGGAUGGUGAUGGCAACCAAGUCGUAGCCAUCCAGUCCAGCGUGUUUUUUGGUAGUAGUUCACAAUGGGGUUAUUCUUCAGUUUUGCAGAUAUGGCUAAAGCUGGGUUUUCAGCUAUCAUUCAUUGCCUUUGUACAUAUUACAAUGCAGGGUGGUUUUCUUUCGGAAAAGAACAAACACUGUUAUUCUGCUUAAGAAUAUAAGUGCACUUGGAAUGGUUUA